AGAAGCCACUUUUUGGGUGGAGCGCGCGGGUGCCAUCACGUGCAUUUGUCUUCGAGAAGUCGUGCAGGAGGUAAUUUGCAGCAACCCUUAGAAGGCAACCCAAGAUGACCGGAAGACGCAGGUCCCAUUCUGGAUCCGGCGAUAAUGAGGACAGCACUCCAGCCUCUCAUCCCACCGUCCUUCUGUCCGCCAAGAUUGAAGCCCUUCUCGGCGUCAAAGUGGUCCUUGUGGUAGGCCUCAUGAUAUAUGUGAUCCUGACGCCCGUAAAGCGUAUGCCAGGCAGGGGAAAAUUGGAGGAAUGCGACGACAUCCGUUGCUACGACAUUCGUCGCCAGAUGCUCACCACGAUGAAUCUCUCUGUUGAUCCCUGCGACGACUUCUACAGCUUUGUGUGCGGCCAAUGGUCCGAAUGGCAUCCAGGUAUCCCCGACCAGAUAGAGCUGAUGCAGAACUACGUGAAUGAGUUGGUGCGCGACAGCAUCAAGAACUAUAAUGGCAACGCGAAGGAUCCCGAUGGACCCCUUGACAAAGCAGUCCUCCUCUACACGCAGUGCACGCAUAUUUUCCUUGAGGGAAAAGAGCAGACGACCGCAUUGCGCCAGUUCCUCCAUGACUUGGGCAUGUCCUGGCCGAACACUACCCUCUCGAACGCGACACUCGUGGACGUGCUCGUGUCCCUGUCGCUCUCCUGGCUCCUGCCAGUGCUCGUCAACGUUGACUUGGUUCCUGACACUCCGACGAAGCGCAUCAUUAGCAUCGGCACGGACAGGAGACACGAGCAGUGGCUCAGCCAUAGAGCGAACUAUCUGGACGGUCACAAGACACAGCGUGUUAUCAUGGAGUUCGCCGAAGCUAUCAGUGGGGGCUGCGCCUCCGAUUAUGCAGACUUCGCCAAUGAAGUUCUGCGUGCAGACGUUGACAUUGCGGUCCGUUGGGUAUUAGGCACUAUCCAACGUGAAACCCCACAACGGCUCACCUUCGCAGACCUGGACGCUAUGAACCACAGUUCGGCGGUUUGGUUGUCCGCUAUAAAUGCCAACCUGCCUAACGACACCGCGAUGACUCCGACGGAUGAGUUCCUGCUCGUCGACGAAGAGGUGCUCUAUUUCAUUGAGGAAUUUCAACGGGACUACAAUGAGGAGACCAGCCUGGCAGUCGUCGGCUUCUAUGCCCUCGUCCAGCUUGCCGUGGUCUCUUCAUACCAAAUGACUGACGCCUUGUUUGGUCGGCCCUAUGACAAGACUGUGCCACUGGACUACGUGGCAUACAACUGCAUUCGGGUCGCUUCAGACGUCACCUCAUUUGCUGUCGCUCAGCUAGCGUUCGGAAAAGUUCUCAAGGCCGAGGAUCUUGAUGAGGUACAGAAAUUGGUGGAUGCCAUGAACGAGCAAAUGGCCGCCGUCUACGAAUCCAGAGACAACGAGACCGUCCACAUGAUCCGCUCUCUGCGAACCGUGGUGGCUUGGCCUCCGGGUCUCAAUGGCACGGAGAACCAGGACAAGUUCUACUCGUACCUCCCAAAAUUUCAGGAACCUGUAGCGAAAUUCUACUUGAACUCAUUAUAUGGGCUGCGUAAUCGAGAAAAGAAAGAGUUGAAGCGUAGCAAUCAAAACCCGGUCUUCUACGACGAAGACCAAAUCACCGUGCUCCUUAGGGCUGAGCCUGGUUAUGAUCCUCCUCGCAACGAGCUCCUGGUUCCUCCAGCAGCGAUCGUGCCGCCCUUGUUCCUAUCGGGACAUCCGGCGUUCAGCUACGGUGCUUUAGGGCAUACAAUCAGCCGAGAACUUUGGCUCGCGUUAGUCAUUAACUACUCACCUCAAAGCACCGUGAUGAACAACACCGUAGGAGGACAAGAACAGUGUCUUCUCGACUUCUAUAAGGACCAAGGUGUGAAACCGGAUGACCUGGCCAUGCAGGAAAUCAUUGCCGACACCUUAGGCAUGGCUAGUGGCCUCGGGGCGUAUCAAACCAGCGCCAACGAUACGUCGGAAGUGGCAGGUUUCAGUGGGCAACAGCUGUUCUUUAUCAGUUCCUGCUUUAAGCUGUGCUCCGAAAACAGUACCGAAAGCAGUGGUCGCUACGCUGCGCCGCAGGUUAGAUGCAACGGGCCGCUAAUGCUGUCAGAGGCAUUCAGCAAGGCAUUCGGUUGUUCCAAAAAGGCUGCUAUGGCGAAAGCACUGGAGAAGCACCAGGAAUGUGCUGUCCUGGGCAAUUCUACUGCUGAGCCGCCGGUGCGCCGUCGACUGGGCCCCAAGAAGCCGGUACCGUCGCCAGUAUUGUAUAAUCUGAAUCAGAAUAGUAGCGAUGUAACAGACACGACACAAAUUCUUGGCAGCACGGACAUACCUACAACUGGUACUAUGUCAAGUUCGAGUGAGGAAUAAGGCUGAAGAAAUAUCCAUAAGUGGUCAUUGAGUCGCUUAAUAAAUUCCCCAGCCAAAUUC